AUGCAGUGGGUAGUGAGGCUAUGCUUCCUCUCCUUGUUGCUUCACCUGGCGUUGACACAGAGAAGUCAAUCAAGUGCAUCGCCUCCUCUUCCUCCGCCUACUCCGACACCGAGUCAAAGCAAAUUCUUCGCCCACUAUGUGAUGGAUCGAAGCACUCUGUUGCUGCGACGGAAGAUAUUCAUCUACAAGAAUGAAUUGUACACGCCAUGGUCGGAGUGGAGUAAUUGUUCGACAAGGGACUGCACGGAGUUGCGCUAUCGUCAGUGUUUGAAUGACUCCUAUGAGAGUUGGAUUCCAAAUCUCUUUCAAACAAAUAACUGUCCCUUUCAGUUUAUAGCGGAGACAAGAAGGUGUACAAAUGAUGCUGGGUGCCGUAAAGAGGCCCCUUCAAAACUUUUAAAAGAAUUAUCAAGCACCUGUGGAAAGCGGCCCAAUUUUAAGGGCAAACGUGGCGUUUCACCAAAGAUUCUUGGUGGUCGUGAGGCCAAACCGCACAGUUGGCCUUGGCAAGUGGCCUUGUACGUGCGACCUCUCGUUGUGGAAGGCAGGUCUUUACGUUCUCCCGCCAUUGAAUCGCCCUUCUGUGGAGCCACACUGAUCGCACCUUCGUGGCUUAUCACAGCAGCCCACUGUCUCAGUGAAUUAGUUCCUGACAAGGUGCUCACAGUGGGCCAUUUUUUCUCCGUAGAGGAGGAGCUGGAGCAGACUAUUCGUGCUAGAAUUGGUGAUCACGUCCGCGGCAAAAGGGAUGGGUCGCAUGAGGUCACCCGCCAAAUCGAAUUGGCAAUCAUCCAUCCGGACUAUCGGAGGGGAUUCUCGGAGCAGGGUUUCGAUGUAGCCCUGCUAAAAUUGGAUCAGCCUGUGGAGUUUGGUGACAAGGUGAGCUCAAUUUGCAUUCCAAAUAGAAGCCUUCAUUUGCCCGAAGGUCAAAUAUGCUAUGCAGCUGGUUGGGGCGCCACGGCACCAGACACCGCGGUCCUCCCCGAGCCGCUCGGAUUUAUUGACUUCUUCUCAGGGGGUCUCUUUCCUCGACCUUGCGGUUUAGGACAAACCCUAGCCUCCAAUCGUAGAUGUCGUGGACCCAGACAACCAUUGCGUUUGCUCGAAGUUGACUUGCCGCUUGUCUCAUUGCAACGGUGUCGUAGGACCUUCCGUAAUCUUCGAGAAUGGGUUCACAUUUGUGCUGGAGAGAAAGGAAAAGACACCUGUCGCGGUGACAGUGGUGGUGGACUCUUUUGCCAAAAUCCCGAGGACGGAAGGUGGUACAUCUACGGCGUGACAAGUUUUGGCUCCGUUCUGGGUUGUGGUGAACACUACGGCGUGUAUGCAUGCACUCGUGGAAUUUCUGAUUGGAUCCAUGAGAACGUCAAAUAG